AUGUUCACGCGACAAGCCACAAAAGUAUUACGCAGUCUUCGUAAAGAUAAUUCUUGCGUAAGAGUCCAAAAAAGAAAUCAUCCGAUCACUCUAUCACUUCGUAACUCUUCAACCAAAGUCGUGAUAAUUGGCGGCGGCGCAAUGGGGGCCUCUGCCGCCUAUUGGCUCACACAGAAAUCAGGUAACUGCAAUGUUACCGUCAUUGAAAAAGACCCAACAUAUGCAAAUUGUUCAACAAGUCGCUCCGUUGGAGGAAUAAGACAGCAAUUUUCCAUCCCUGAAAACAUACAAAUGUCCCUAUUUGGGGCCAAAUUUAUCAAAAAUCUCAAAAACCAAUUCGGACCCGAAGCUGAUAUCUCUUAUGCCCCCAACGGGUAUUUAAUCCUUGCUAGCCCCCAGGGGGCCCAACAGCUCGCCCAAAACUUUAAACUGCAACAAGAGUUAGGAUCGACAAACACACUAAUGACUAAAGACCAACUCCGUGAAAAAUUAAAGUGGCUCAACGUUGACGAUAUUGAAUUAGGAUGCAUGGGAUGUGAAAAAGAGGGAUGGUUUGAUCCUUGGGGGCUAUUGACUUUAUUUAAAAGUGCCGCAGUUAGUAAAGGUGCACAGUUUGUACAGGGUGAAGUCAAAAACUUUAUUUUUUCGAAUGAUAAAAAUUUGAAAAGCGUAAAAGUCCAUUUACCGAACCAGGACAAAAAAGUUUUUGAAUUUGAUACGUGUGUAUUGGCGGCUGGGGCGGAAUCCGGGGCCAUUGCCAGGAUGGCGGGGAUCGGGACGGGGCAGGGGGACUUAUCAGUGGCGCUUCCUGUAGAACCAAGGAAACGCUACGUCUAUCGCUUUGACAGUCAAGGCAAAAACGUCCCGCCGGUAAACUCGCCCCUAAUGAUUGACUAUACAGGAGUGUACUUUCGCAAAGACGGUCCUGUUUUCAUCGGGGGGCGAUCACCUGAUUCGCACGAAGAACCCCCAGCCGACAAUUUAGAAGUCGAUUUUAGCUAUUUUGACAAUACAGUAUGGCCACUUUUAGCUGCCCGAAUCCCUGCUUUUGAAAGCGUCAAAGUGCAAAGUGCUUGGGGCGGUUUUUACGAAUACAAUACUUUUGAUGCUAAUGGAAUUAUUGGGCCACAUAGUACUUUCAAAAAUUUGUUUUUUGCGACCGGAUUUAGCGGUCAUGGGAUCCAACAAUCGCCUGCUGUUGGCUUAGCUAUAGCCGAAUUAAUUCUCGACGGAAAAUUCAAAACAAUCGACUUAAAAAGAAUGGGUUUUGACCGAUUAAUAAAACAACAACCUCUGUAUGAAAUUGGAAUUUAUUAAGUUUACGAAUUUUAUAAAAUGAAUUCCAUGUGUAAUGAAUGAACAAUUUCCGUAAAAUAAGACAUGUGACGAUGAUAUGAGUGUAUAUUGUCUUAUUUGUUGUUUGUUUACAACUGCUUUAAAACUGUACAUGGUUCGUCGGCUAUGCCACUGAAAUAAAUAUCUAAUUCUUUACAAAUAUGAAAUUUCUCAGCUGCUUGCUCUAUAAAUAAAAUAAAUAGGACAUUUUGUUAAAAAUAUUAACAACAAAACAAUUCAUAAAAAGCAGGUAAAAGUUCUAGUG